AUGUCCUCUGGCGGCGGCAGCAGCAAUAUUUUUAGCAGUUACCGGGCGCUUGCGCUCCACUGCAAUCAUGUCCCGCACGUGGUGCGGUUCCACCAGCGGCACCGGGAGUUUUACCUGGUCACGGCCGUAGGGGCAAGUUUUCACACCUACAAUGUGAAAAAGCUUGGAAUAGUUGCAGUUAGUAAUCCACUUCCUGAAGAUAUCACCUGUCUGGCAGCAGACCGAAUGCUUGUAUUUGUAGCUCAUAGCAACCACGUGAAAGCGUUUGCUAGAAACAGAGAUAUUGUGCAUUCAUAUGAAGGCCAUAACGCAGAGGUCCACCUCUUGUUGCCUUUUGGUGAUCAUGUGAUCUCAGUGGAUCGCGAUAACACGCUUAUUAUUUGGGAUGUGGAAUCAGAGGAAGAAUAUCUUCAACUGAACUUUGAUAAAAUCACGUUUGCAGUUUCUGCCCUUUUGCAUCCAAGUACCUAUAUCAACAAAAUUUUACUUGGCAGCCAGCAAGGGAGUCUUCAACUUUGGAAUAUAAAAUCCAACAAACUUCUAUAUACUUUUCAAGGUUGGAAAUCAAGUGUAUGUGUACUUCAGCAGGCCCCAGCAGUAGAUGUAGUUGCUGUAGGCCUAACAUCUGGUAUGAUAAUCAUCCAUAAUCUGAAAUACGAUGAAACAUUAAUGAAAUUUCAACAAGACUGGGGACCAGUCACAGCAAUAUCAUUUCGUACAGAUGGUUUCCCGGUGAUGGCUGUUGGUAGUCAUGUGGGUCACAUUGGACUAUGGGAUUUGGAGGAGAAGAAACUGAUUAGCCAAAUGAGAGAAACUCACACGACAGCUGUUUCAGGACUAACAUUUGUUCAUGGCGAGCCACUUCUCAUUACUACUGGUGAAGACAAUGCAAUUCGGGUCUGGAUUUUUGAUGCUCCAGGAGGUGGCGGUCGCAUCUUAAGAUACCGUAUGGGACACAGUGCCCCUCCAACCAAAAUAAAAUAUCAUGGAUCUGAUGGGCAAAACAUUCUUAGCUCUGGACAAGAUGGAACUUUACUGUCAUUUUCCACUAUUCAUGAAAGUUCUAAUAAGAGUUUGGGUCAAGGGCGUAUGAACAAAAAGAAAAUUAAAACCAGAGGGGUGAAUUAUGAAUUAAUGAAUCUACCUCCAAUUACUACAUUUGCUUCAGAAACUGCACGUCAGAGUGAUUGGGAUGGAAUUAUUGCUUGUCAUCAAGGAAGCCUAAUCAGUACAACAUGGAACUACCAGAAAACCUCAAUGGGAGCACACAAAUUUGAGCCUCCAAGAUUUAAGAAAGGGAACGACCAGAACGUUUAUGCCACAGCUGUGGAUAUAACAUCUUGUGGAAAUUUUGCUGUUGUUGGCCUUUCUACAGGCCACGUGGACGUGUAUAAUAUGCAAUCGGGCAUCCACAGAGGACAAUAUGGUGAAAACAAAGCUCAUGAUGGCCAAAUACGAGGAGUUGCUGUCGAUGGACUAAAUCAACUCACUAUUACAGCUGGUGGAGAUAAACUAGUCAAGUUCUGGAAGUUCAAAUCAAAGCAGUUGGUUUAUACAACAACAUUAGAUGCAUCACCAAUCACCAUUUUGCUACACAGAGACAGUGGCAUGUUGGCUGUUGCUAUGGAUGAUUUCAGGAUAGCAGUUAUGGACAGUGAAACACGAAAAUUUGUGCGAAGAUUCUCUGGCCAUCAGAAUCAAAUAAAUGACAUGGCUUUUAGUUCAGACGGACGGUGGUUAAUUACUGCUUCAAUGGACUGUACAAUACGGACCUGGGAUCUCCCAUCAGGCUGCCUCGUGGACUGCUUUUUACUUGAUUCAGCAGCUGUCAGUAUUACCAUGUCUCCCACUGGAGACUUCCUUGCUACUGCUCAUGUUGAUAACUUGGGAAUAUAUCUCUGGUCCAACAAAACACUAUAUAAUAUUAUUUCCCUUCGUCCUCUUCCUGCUGAUUAUCAACCUACUGUGACGAUGCUUCCUGGAGCAUGUCAACAAGAAGAUAUGGAGACAUCAGACAUUGAAACAGAUGUGGAAAGCCAGAUGAUAGACUAUGAAUCAUCUGAACAACUUGGAGAACAGUUGGUGACACUCUCUUUGCUUCCAGAAUCGCGCUGGAAAAAUCUUCUUAAUCUUGAUAUUAUUAAGAAAAGGAACAAACCCAAGGAACCACCUAAGGUGCCCAAAUCUGUUCCUUUCUUCAUUCCAACUAUUCCUGGCCUUGUGCCUCAUUUUGCUGCUGCAGAACAACAAGGUUCUGAGGACCAGUCCAAAGUGGUAAACUUGGGGGUGCUGGCACAAAAAACAGAAUUUUACAUGCAAUUGGAAGGUGCUCUAAACACCAAUAAUUAUGACCAUGUAAUUAAACUUUUGAAAGGAAUGGGGCCAUCUAAUAUUGACAUUGAGCUGAGGAGCUUGGCCCCAGAAGGAGGAGGUUCUCUGAAUGUGAUGCAGAGUUUUCUGCAAAUGAUCAACUACAUGCUUGGUACAAAGCGUGAUUUUGAAUUGGCUCAAGCCUACCUUGCAUUGUACUUAAAGAUCCAUCUCAAGGUUAUUGCCACCGAGCCAGUUCUACUAGAAGAAAUGUCAAAAGUAUCAGUACAGUUGGAGGAAACUUGGACGCAUAUGCAAACUCUUUUCAAUAAGAGCAUGUGUCUCCUGGGCUACUUGAAAAGUGCUCUGUUGUAGAUUGAAAAUUAGCAAUGUUCACUGAGUGCAUAUUCUACCUUACACACCCACUCAUGUUAUUAUGCCACUUUUUGCUACAUUAUUUACUGUUCGUUGCCAUGGAUAGAAAUUGCAUUUUAGAUAUAAUUCCUCUAUUAAGGUUUGAAGUAUGCUGUUGACUAUAAUUUCUUAAAAGGGAUGUUGUAUUGGUGGCAUUUUUAAAAAAAUGUGCCUAUAGUAGGUUUACAUAGAAGAGGAAAUGGCCCAAAACAUGCCAAACUAUGCAUUUUUGUGGAUUAUCAAUUUUCUUCGUGCUUGCUCUCUAAUUAUUUUCCAUUACUAUUGAUAUGUAAAUAAAAGACAUUUUAUUAUGGAAUUGUAUCUUGUAAAACUAAAACUAUUUGUCAAAAUUAACUUCAUCUUUUAUAUCAGUAUUUUAUUGCAUUGAAUUAAAGAGAAUAGAUGUUUUAUAGAAUCAAUCAUAUUUUCCACUUGUACUAAUUCUAUGAUACUGAUAUUAAAUCCCUUUUUGGUGUAAA